CUUUGGCUGCUUGCAUAGCAUGGCUCUCACCGGCUGGCUCUGAAGUGCUAGGAAGGCUGGAGCGGAGGAGCUUUAUUUGCAGCUGCUCUCACAGGUAGUUGCUAAAGAAGUCCCCUAUGGCGUGUAAUCAGAGCUGUGAAUACUCAGGCAAUUAUGAAGCCACUCUAUUCCCAGUUAUCUACGGCCUGGUUUUCGUGUUUGGCCUUAUUGGCAACUUGGCAGCUAUUGGUGUUAUUGUCCAACAUGUGAAGCGUGGCAAUGUUCUAGGCAUCUAUCUGGCUAACCUCUGUGCUUCAGACUUAAUGUACAUUUCCACACUACCUGUUUGGAUUGCUUAUACAGCGAAGGAAGAUUGGCUUUUUGGGCCUUUGUCUUGUAAGAUUGUGGGCUUCUUCUUCAAUGCCAACCUCUACACAACAAUUUAUUUUCUCAGCUGUAUAGCCAUGGAUCGUUUUGUGGCUACAGUGUUCCCUUUCCAGGCCAGGUCCCUAAGAACUAUGAAAAGUGCACUGAUAAUAUGUGCUUGUGUUUGGCUGAUCAUCCUGGGCACUCACUCUAUAUUCCUUGGCAGAGAUGAACUGUUUCGCUCCAGCCAAAACGUACAACUUUGCUACGAAAAAUACCCCAUGGACCAGUGGAUGGCUCGUAUCAAUUAUUUCCGUAUAUUUGUAGUCUUCCUCAUACCCCUGGUGCUUUUAAUUGUAUUCUACUGCUCUGUAGUUAGAGUGGUUCAUCGGAGUACAAGCUUAGAGAAGGAGCAGAAGCAGAAGAUUAUUGGCCUCCUAAUGACAAUGAUGGCAAUCUUUAUCAUCUGCUACCUCCCUUAUCAUGUGGUGCUCUUUAUUCGCUCUUAUAUCAGUGAUAAAAACAUGUGCACAUGCUCUCUGGAAGAAAAAGUCCGUCCAGCUUAUCGUAUCUCUUUUAGCUUGACCAGCCUCAGCAGUGCCUUGGAUCCAUUUAUUAAUAUCUUCAUUAGUGACAGCAUCAGGCAGGAUCUACUUAAGGAAAUUAGGGCAGUGUGGGCAGGUUUUAGAAUUUUACGUCACCCUCGAGAUUCUUUAAGAAGGAGGUCAUCAAAAAGGACAGGAUAUAACACAGUGUCCCACAACAUAGAAAAUGACAAUCUUUUGAUUGACCAAAAAAGGGAAGAAACGGUUUUGUGAACAUACUGACAAAAAAAUGUGAGUCCUCUGCAAAUUAGUAAAUGUUCCAUGUUGGCCACUUAAUUCCCCUCCCCCUUGUUUCUGAAAAGGCUUUGUAGGUACCGCACAUUGGCCUUUCCCUCAACUGUGAAAUCCUUCAUUAUAAGAUCUCGUUUUAACUGUGCAUUUUUUUUUUUUUAAAUAAAAAAAAAAACAAAACAUCACACUUUUAAAGGAAGAACAGAUAAAACAGUUGUACAAUGACUUUCCUCCUUUUAUUUUUCACAAAGGUAUAAAGCCAAGACAUUGCUUGUAGACCUCUGCUAAUGUGUAGUUGUUUUCAUUGAACUCAUGAUAUCUGUGCAGGGUACAUACGGUUUUCUCCCUAAUAUCUGCAUUUUCUGUACAAUAAAAUACAUUUUAUUAAAUGAUUUAGAAAACCAUGUACAGAGGUGGGAACUUUUACCCAGUGUGAGAGGAUGUCACCUACUCAUGCAUGAACAUUACUUUCUGUACCCUAAAGCAUGCAUUCCUUCCAUGAACCAUAUAGCCAAACUGAGCAGACAAACAAUGUGUAGGCUUUCAGAAAGCUAUUUAUAAAAAAAAAA